AUGAUGAAAAGGACUGCGGACGAGGGUCCGGAUGGCCUCCCGCUGGAGAAGAAAGUCAACGCCAUGGAUGCGCUGGAUUUGGGUUCUUCAGGAUCAUGCAUGUCCUCACUGCCACAAUAUCGAUUAGGGACGAUUUCUUCUUCCGAAGAACUUGACAAACGAGUCAACGAGUUCUCCAAAGCAAGACUGGUUGAUCUGCUCGAAGCGGAGAAGAAGAUCAAAAGCGAAAGUCUGCAGCGCGCCGAAGUGGCCGAAAAGAAACUCGCGGAGAAGAAAGCGUUUUACCGAGUCGUCCGGAGCUGGUGGAAAGAGUUCUCCGCCGAGCUGGGGACGCUGACAAACCAGCCGGUCAAUCUCACCUAUCAUUUUCCAACGGAAGAGGAGGUUCAAAAGGAAUUCGACGAAGCCCCCGAAUCUGAUGAAGUUUUACGUGUUUUUGGAAGGCGAUUACGAUCUGAAAACGACUUCACUCUCCGCUGCGUGCAGCGCCUCCUGGCUGGCGUCAACGAUGCCGAAGUCAAAAAAAUGGCGGCCGAGGUGACGGAAAAGAACAGAGACCUCUCGGCCGAGUUAGAAAAAGUCGAGAACGAUUUGGAGGAGAAGACGGAACUCUGCGAAGACUUGAAGCACAAAUGCGAGCAACUGACGAAACGCAACUACAGACUCAUUGGACAGAUGAAAAGCCGCUCUGCGAAGGUGCCGGAGAAGAAACAGCCGAAAGAAGAAGACGAGGCUCUCCAAGAAAAAGAUAACGAGAUCGCCGAGCUGAGGGCGAAGCUGUCCGAGUUGCAAACGGAGCGCGACAACAUGGAGCUGCGCGUUAAAAAUCCCUCCGAAGCGGUCAUCAUCACCAGCGGCGUCUAUCAAUCGUUGAAGGCGCAGUUUUCGGUUUUGUACCAACAAUCGGAGCUGCUGAAGAGGCAGGCCGAAGAUGCCCGGGCUUCGCACGAAGGAAUGCGCAACCUCUUCCUCAGACAACUCGAGCAGAUGGAAUGCGAAGAACUCAAUCUGCAGGAGCAAAUGAGAACGAAACUCAAAGAACAGGAAGCACAAAAUCACACGCUUCAGUUGCAAUACGACAAAGUCUGCAACGAGUAUCAUUUGCACCAGAAAGCGACCGAGCAAGCAGGACCCAUCAAUCGAGAAAUGCGCCAGCUGAUCAACUCGCUUCAAUCCCACAAUCGCCAACUGAAAGCCGAACUCAACAGGCAAAAACGUAAAACGCGCGAGCAGCAGCAAGAAAUCGAAGGUCUCAAGGCCGAACAACUCCUCCAGAAACAACGAGAAGAGCCUGUCUACAGGAUAUUCACGGAUUUGGAAAAUGAAGUUCUUGAAACAGGAAUUCCGCAGAAAGCGCUAGAAAGCUCAGUGGAAGGCCUUGAAUGCGAGCUGCUGCGUGCACGAGACAAAGCUGCGAGACUCGAAGCUCUGCUGACGAAUCAUGAGCCCAGCGAAGCAAAUGAUUAUAAAAUGCGACUGGCUGAGAUGGAGUCCAGGCUCUCUGAUCUACGCACGUCCUACUUGAGGAGGCUGAACGAACUGCCACGCGAUUGCCUCGUCUUGGAGCACCAGAAGAGAGCGCUGGUGGAGGAAUACGAAGCGAAAAUCGCCGAGUUGAAACGAGCAAACGCAGAAAAAGAGCUUCAGGAUGCAUCGAUGCAGGACGAGUUCGAAAAGACCGGCUUGGCAUUGGAAGAGAUACAAGAGCAAAAUGUUCGGCUCGUUCAAGAUCUCCGUGACAAGGACAAGGAGUAUUUUAACCUGUUUCAAGAGCGCAUCAAGAUUGGAAGCCUGCAGCAAAUACAAGCGAAAGAAAAAGAAGUACUGGAAAGUAAAAUCUUACAGCUGGAAGCACAGGCCGAGAGUCAACAGAAACUCGUUCGACAGCUGGAAGAGAAGGAAAUGCUCCAAACAGCGCAAGUGAAAAACGGCGAACAGGAACUCUCUCUCCGUACUCAGAUUUUUGACGGUGCUAGAAUCGAUUAG